UAAGAUAACAACUUUUACAAGUAGCAACCAAGAUGUAGACUUAUAUAAGUCAACAUCUUAAGUACCAUUCAAUCCAAACAACAUAAAACCCUUUUUAAAAACUCUCAAGUUCUUCUCCUUCUCCUUCUCACUUCCAUUUUUCCAAACUCCAAAUUAUUUUUUGCUCCCUUUUCUCCACCCCACGUGUGCUCUCAACCACUCUUUCUCAUGAGCACCCAAGCACCACCCUCACCACCCCAAGGGCUAACCCAAGAAGAAUACACCACCCUACAACUCCUCAUCCAAACCUACCACACCUUCCACCCUACACCACCCAACACCACCACCUCCCUCAUCACUCAACGCAUCGACGCCCCCGCCGACAUUAUCUGGCCCUAUGUCCGUCAUUUCGACAACCCCGAACGCUACAAACACUUCAUCCAAAGCUGCCGUUUGACCUCAGGUGAUGGCUCCUCCGUUGGUAGUGUACGUGAAGUUAACGUAGUAUCCGGUCUUCCUGCUUCCACCAGCACCGAACGCCUCGAGCUUCUUGAUGAUCAACACCGCGUGCUUAGCUUUCGUGUCGUAGGUGGACAACACCGCCUUCGUAACUACAAAUCUGUUACCUCCGUGAAUGAGUUUGUUGAGGAUGAUAAUAAAAAAGUUUAUACCAUUGUUUUGGAAUCGUAUAUUGUUGAUAUUCCAGAAGGUAAUACUGCUGAAGAUACCAAGAUGUUUGUUGAUACUGUUGUUAAGCUUAAUCUUCAAAAACUUGGGGUUAUUGCUAUGUCUGAUUUGCAAGGUAAUAAUCAUGAAUAAUUAUUUGUGUUGUUUUUUUUUUAAAGGAAAAAAAAUUAAAUUUUAUUGGAAUGAAUGGAUAGUUUCUCAAAAAUUGAGGCUACCCUCUUCAUAAUUAAUUAUUAAUAUUAAUAUAAUUAUUAUUGUUAUAAUUAGUUUUUAUUCAUGUAUUUGAUUUAGCAUGGAUUUGGAGAGUAUCCUGGUCAAUGAUCGAUUAGUUUCUUUUUUUUAAUUCUUGUUGAAAAGAAAAGUACUUAGUUGUUAUUAGUUGGAGUUAUUUCUUGUACUUUUGCAUUGACAUAUUCUACGAUUUUUUUAUGGUUA